UGUUUCUCCUAUAAUAAUACCAUGGUGGACUCGCUCUUUUAUAUAUUCUAUAUUUAUCUCAAUUUUCUUUUCAGGUUUUUAUUGCAUAGUUGUAAAUAAAAUAAUCACAUUCUAUAAAUUUUCUCCUAUAUAUAUGAAAUUUCGGUUUAGAGUAUCCAAAUUUCAGGUUGAUUAAAAUCUUUUUAUUUCCCUGAGUUUAUGUGAAUCUUUCUUGUAUAUGCUCAUUAAUAUGACCGUUCAAUGUUUUCUUGAAUCAUUUUGAUGAAUGGUCAGAUAAAGUUGUUCAAUUUGGAGUAUAUUUCGUUAUGUUGUCAAUUCUUUCUCAUUAUUUCGAAUUUUUUACCGUGUGUUCAUUAUCACAUAAUAAUAAUUAUUUUUCAGUUUUUAUUUGAGUGAUAAUAUUUUAUUAGCUUCGAUCUCAUUAAUAACAUUAAUAAGGUCCUUCUUCUUGACUAAAAUGUAUUUACAGAAAGACCUUUACUAAUUUAUCUGUUUCUUGAAUCUUGUAUAUUUGAGUACAUGUUGUGUCGUUGACUAUAUUGCAUAACUGAUCUAUGAAUUUUGUAUGAGUGUAUGAACUUGUGUUUGUUUGGGAUAUGCAUGUAAAUGUAUACAAGUUCAGCACUUUGAUUUAGCAAGAUUGAUUUUGGCAUGUAACUAUACAUGUUGAUUGUUUUCCUUAUUUGAGUGUGUGAAUUUUGGAGCUUGUUAGUUGUUAUAGAUGAUUGAUACAGAUAUGAAUUCAGAUAGAAAGAGAGGCACUAAUUUGGCCAAAUUGGUUGGUUCAAAUCAAACUGCACCAUUUCCAGAUGAGGUACUGGAACCAGUGUUAACCUUUGUGACAUCUCGAAAAGACCGGAGUUCAGUGUCACUAGUGUGUAAAGUUUGGUAUAAUGCUGAGAGGUGGAGCAGAAGGAAGGUUUUUAUUGGGAAUUGCUACUCGGUCUCACCCGAGAUUCUGGUUAGGAGGUUUCCGAAUAUGAGGAGUGUUACUUUAAAGGGGAAGCCAAGAUUUUCUGAUUUCAAUUUGGUGCCGCAGAAUUGGGGGGCUGAUAUUCAUUCAUGGCUUGUUGUGUUUGCUGAAUUUUAUCCCUUUUUGGAGGAGUUAAGGUUGAAGAGAAUGGUUGUUAGAGAUGAGAGUUUGGAGUUUAUAGCGAAGUCAUUUCUGGGUUUCAAAGCUCUGUCCCUCUUGAGCUGUGAUGGUUUUAGUACUGAUGGUCUCAAAGCAAUUGCAACCCACUGCAAGAACUUGACUGAGCUCGACAUACAGGAGAAUGGCAUAGAUGAUUUUGGUGGGGGGUGGUUAAGUUGCUUCCCUGAGACCUUUGUGUCUUUAGAAGUGCUAAACUUUGCUUGCUUGAACAGUGAUGUUACUUUUGAUGCUCUUGAAAGGUUGGUUGACAGAUGCAAGGCAUUAAGGGUCUUAAAGGUUAAUAAAAAUAUCUCUUUGGAACAAUUACAAAAGCUACUGCUGAAGGCACCCCAGCUAGUGGAGCUUGGCACCGGUUCAUUUCAGCAACAGCUUGUGCCCCGCCAAUUUGCAGAACUUGAAACUAUAUUUAGUAGAUGCAAAAAUUUACAAACACUUUCAGGUCUAAGGGAAGUUUCUUCAGUCUAUCUACCAGCUCUAUACCUGGUCUGUGUCAAUCUUAGAUUUUUAAAUUUAAGUUGUGCCACUCUGCAAAGUGAUGAACUUGCCGAGCUUCUUAGUAAAUGUUCAAAUUUACGACGCCUUUGGGUUCUUGACACAGUGGAAGAUAAGGGGCUAGAAGCUGUUGGAUCUAGAUGUCCCUUACUUGAGGAACUGCGAGUGUUUCCUGCAGAUCCUUUUAAUCAGGUUAUGUUUCAAGGGGUGACAGAGUCGGGUUUUGUGGCAGUAUCUAAAGGAUGCCCCAAGCUUCACUAUGUCUUAUAUUUCUGCAGGCAGAUGACUAAUGCCGCAGUUGCAACUAUAGUCAAGAAUUGUCCUGAUAUCACUCAUUUCCGCCUUUGCAUAAUGAAUCCAUACCAGCCAGAUUCUAUGACAUAUGAGCCUAUGGAUGAGGCAUUCGGUGCAGUGGUCAAGACUUGCAAAAAUCUACAGAGACUUGCUGUUUCAGGCUUACUAACUGACCGAUGUUUUGAUUAUAUUGGGGAGUAUGCUAAAAACCUGGAAACUCUUUCUGUGGCUUUUGCGGGGCAAAGUGACUUGGGAAUGGAACCUUUGAUGGAAGGUUGCCGAAAGCUAAGGAAACUAGAGAUAAGAGAUUGCCCAUUUGGGAAUGCAGCUUUACUCUAUAACUUAAAAAAGUACGAAUCAAUGCGGUGUCUCUGGAUGUCAGCAUGCAAUGUGACAAUGAACGGUUGCAGAAUUCUUGCAAAAUUCAUGCCAAGGUUGAAUGUUGAGGUGAUGAAGGAUGAAGGAAGUGUUCAUGAUGCUGCUGAUAAAUUAUAUGUUUAUCGAUCAGUUGCAGGGCCUAGAAGGGAUGCACCUCCCUUUGUUCUUACUCUCUGAACCAAACACAGCAUUAUGGUGAGUUUCUCUCUGCCACGGACACAGUCUCUCAUAUAAAAAUAAUUAGCAAUAGCAUUUGAAAAGGGUCAUGUGAGUUACAUGGCUAGCAAAUGAAGGCGACCCAGUGAAUUGUUUAUAUUCCGAUGAUUCCGGAACAAUCAAGCUGGUAUAGCUAAUAGUUUGCUAGAUGUAAGAGAUAUUUUGGUCUUUUACAGAAUUUUUAGAGAGGUCUGUAGAGGUUUGAUGCCUGCUUAUUAUCCUCUGAUUGCAGAAGUUUAAAUUUUAUAAACUGAUAAAUUCUCAUAAUUUUUGCUUCAUUGUCUGGUUUGUUCUCUAA